AUGGAACACUUCAACAGUUUUGUUGAGCGACAGUUUGGACCAACAAUAGAUGUUCUUGAGAAUUAUUUAGUCAACAUUUCAGUCACGAGUUCCGAUCCUUUAUUUUGGACAGUCAAACCGCGAAGUAAUAUUCAUCAGAUGAUCUUUGCGAUUCCCUUUUGUUUAUUAGACCUAUUGUUUGCAUUGAUCAUCUUCCCGAAAACUUCUAAAGAGAAGAGUCACAACACUAAGAAGUGGUAUUCGAAAUAUUUGGGUGCUUUCUGUCUCUUCUGCUUUGUCACUCAAAUGUAUUACAAAUAUCAAAGAAGAAUCUUUUUCACUAUAUUCAUGCCGUGUCAUAUCAUUUUAUUGGUCCAAGCAAUUGUUUUGUUCUUUUUACCACAACAUACGGGGUUUUUAUAUCAAUGCUCAUGUAUUCCACUCUUCGCUUUGGUGUUCCCAGAUACUAAGAAAAAUGUACUCUUUUUUGAAAAACCAUUUUACUAUAUCCAACACUCGUUCCAAUUCUUUUUACCAAUUGUUUUCCCUUUAAAUGACUCAAAAUUAUCAGUCAGACAUUUCUUUGGAUAUUUCUUUUUCGGUCUUUUCUUAUUCAUUUUAUUGGCUUUUUACUUGUGCGUGCCAUUUAGUUAUGUGACUGGACUCAAUUUGUCUUUCAUGAUGUUCCCUCCACAUUCGUCUCCAUGGCAAGGCGAACUCUAUAGACUUAAUGCCCUUGUGUUCGCCCAUUAUAUCGGAUGGGUGUUUGGAUACGUCGUGUAUUUCAUGGGCUCGGGAUUCCAAUAUCUCAUCUCAUUGAUGUUCCAUAAACAAGACAAAGAAAAAGUUAAAAAUAGUUGA